AUGGCAUCUACACCUGAUAGACGCAUUCUAACGCCUCGCAGUCGAAAGCCUGCCUUUCGGCGGACUCCUGCAUCUACAAAUACUCAUGCAUUCGCUUCACAGGUUUUCCUUGACGAUGUGUCGAACACUUCCCCUCCAGCUACGCCUGAGCUAGACUGGUCUGAGACGCCGCCAGCGACCGAAGACCCUCCGACCCCAGAAGACGACUUCGAUCCCGACGACGUUGUACCCUUGCCGGAUUCUCCUCUCACGGCUGGCAAGACCGCCCUCGAGCAACCCGUUGUCCCUCUGCAUAAUUUUUCUCAGCUCGAUGUAGAUGUGCCGGUGCAACUACUGUCACAGCUAUCCAGUGAGACAGAUCCAAAGAAACGACUCUUCCAGAAUGUAGCCUCCGAGGUGACUUUGAACGCCUCCUCUCGACUGAACCCGCCUCCUUCUACUGAUAAUCAACCUGAACCUCCUCAGACCUUUGUCAAGGUCGAAGCAAAGGAAUCAUGGCUGUAUGGAACAGUACCGCAACAAGUCGAUGCCAGCCACUCCAGGACUGGAUACCACAAUGAUGCCAUUGCAGCAUACACUACUGCAGGCGACGUCUCUACCUUUGCGUCUGGCAUCAACCAAGGAGAUCGUUCGGUUGUAUCUGAAGACGUUACCGCCACUGAAACUCAGACUCGUACCAACACGGCUACGUCGGCAGCCAAACCUUCUCAGCGCUCUGUCAAGAAGAAGCCCUUAACACUCUCUUUCGCAUGGUCGUUGAACACGAAGCUGUCUACCAUUUUACCUCUUGAAGCAGUUGAAAGAUUCAACGACAGUCCUCUACAGUGCAUCGCAACAACCAAGGAGGGUGUCAGAUGCAAAAGAUCGGUUGCGAAGACAGCGAAUAAGUCCUUUGUGAAAGAAUUGUCUAAGGCACUCUCGUCAUUGGAGGGCCCGCUCGAUUUUGGAGCCUUUGCACAGCAUUUGGGGCCACUAAUUGAAAGUGUAACAUGCACACGGUCGCAUCGAGAACCGGUUCGCAAGUGUUUGGAAGAGUUAUGCUCGUACUCCUGGCGACCAUGCAAGAUCGCCACUACAAAACCACACCAACGCCAGGCCAUUGUAGACAUGGUUGAGAGCAUAUUCGAGCUCUGGGUCUCAGCUUUAUCGUUUACUCCGAGAAAGACUCAGGCUGUGGCUGUGUCGACAAAACGAGACGAUGACAAUGUGCGAGACACACUCUGCUCUGCCUCCGAACUCUCUGCAGCGGUAACUGAACGGAGUCCUGCACCAUUUCGCAAUGACAGUUCGAAAGUAAUCGAGACGUCAAGCGCGAGGAGUUUCCGUGCCACCGAUAAGAAUACCACUAUAACAUCAGGAACUAUAGUAAGGGUACAGCAAGUGACCGAUUCGGCGCCGGUCCGUUUGUCGACUCACCUGAACCAUCAAUUGGUGAAGUUUCCUUACUCUAAGGAAAAAAGGAACGCCACGCCCCAGGACUUGAUCAGGCAGAUCCUGCUGAAAGUUCUGACACCGGCCGACAUGUGGCGUGCUGGAUACAUAUACGUCUUCUGGCAUCCGGGCAGUCUGGGUUAUGUCAAGAUCGGUUAUGCUACUGACGUGGAGAAGAGACUUCAAGCUUGGCGGAGGCAAUGUAAAUUCGACCUCGAGCAGCACAAGAGUCAAGAAUCGAAGGCCAUCGCGCGGGUACUCCAUUUACAUCGAGUCGAGUCGCUGAUUCACGCCGAACUCAAGGACUACCGAAUGUUUGAGCCGUCGUGCACUGGGUGUGGGAAAAGUCAUCGAGAGUGGUUCGAGGUCGACCCGAGCUACGCUUUGAAAGUAGUGGCCAAAUGGACCAGUAGGUCCUUCUACUCCGGGGGGCUUUUGGACUCGAGUAUCAGCGACGAGGAGAUUGACAAGUUGUGCGAACUGACCAAAGCCGAAACAUACCUUCCACGGCCACUGCCACGGCCCAGAAAGGUUCCUGCGAGCUUCCGCCGAAGCAUUCGUGGUCGCCAUCGUGGUGUAAAGUAG